UGCAUUAAAUUACUGGUUAUAGCUAGCAUGCAUUAAUAUAUGGCAAAAGAUAUUUAAAAAUAUAAUGCCACAUCUGCGCAUGUCUUCUUCUCCAACCUUCUUUUUCAGCUUCUUUCUAGCUUUUCUCAUACUUACUCCUCGUGGUGGUGUUUUAGGUGCUACAUUUACGUUUGUGAACAAAUGUGAAUACACAGUUUGGCCGGGGAUUCUAGCAAAUGCCGGCAGUCCUAGUCUUGAGAGCACUGGAUUUGAGCUUCCAAAGGACUCUUCGAUCGCCUUCACUGCUCCCACUGGAUGGUCCGGCAGGUUCUGGGGCCGGACGGGGUGUAACUUUGACGAGUCGGGCUCGGGUUCGUGCGCAACAGGGGACUGCGGAUCCGGUGAGGUGGAAUGCAACGGCGCCGGAGCAGCGCCGCCUGCUACACUUGCGGAGUUCGCUCUUGGAACUGUGGGGCAGGACUUCUAUGAUGUCAGCCUGGUGGACGGCUACAAUUUAGCCAUGGUGAUAGAAGCGUCGGGAGGAUCGGGUAUGUGCGCCACCACGGGUUGCGUCACGGAUGUCAACCAAAUUUGCCCUGCUCAACUGAGACUGAACGGCGGGCAGGCGUGUCGGAGCGCUUGCGAGGCUUUCGCGAAGGCGGAGUAUUGUUGCAGCGGCGAGUACAACAGUCCCACAACGUGCAAGCCGUCGGUGUAUUCGGAGAUGUUCAAGUCGGCGUGUCCCAGGUCGUAUAGCUACGCUUAUGACGACCCCACCAGCACUUUCACUUGCAGCACUGCGGAUUAUACGCUCACAUUUUGUCCUUCCUUGCCAAGUCAAAGAUCUUCAAAGGAAACAAUGCCCACGACGACAAGUACAAGUGGUGGUGGGACAGGAAUGGAAUCGAGAUCGAGGUCAGGAGGAACAGGGAUGGGCGAUGGAUCGUGGUUGGCUGGGUUAGCCAUGGGCGAUUCAACAAGGAUUUUGGCAACUUCUGGUUUGCAUUAUUGUAUUUGUGGUGUCAUUUUCCUAUUCCUCUUCUUGUAGUAGGUAUUAGAAAUUAAAAUGGUGUGGUGUUCGGUGUUCAUGCUCAUUAUUAUAUUAUUACCUUUAGUGUUCUCCUUUAAUUUGAUUUUUGUAUGUUGUGUACUACAUUAUAUUAGUUAAAUAUUGGUGGAAAAUAUGAAGCAGCAGAUGCAACUGCCCCCUGGAAAGGAGAUGUCGAUGGGCUAAAUUCUUUUGAAAACAUUGGAAUUGGCGAAUUGCCUUUGCGGAAACUUUACGUUGUGGCAUUUUUAUUAUUUUUUUUUUAAAUUAAUAGUGUGUGGACUGUAAAGGGUCGUUGUUUGUGAA